AAUACUUUUAUCAGAGAAGUCAAGAGCACCAAUAUUGUUACUGAAAGAAAGAGUAGCUGUACACAGCACAGAGAGAGAGAGAUGUGGAGUGUUAAAAAAGAACGUUUCCCAGGUGUGGAGUGCAUGGAUACAACCGAGAGUCCAUGGCAGUGGUUUUACCUGGCUGAUUGUGGAAGGUGGCAUAAGUUUGAGGAAGACCAGGCGAUAUCCCUGACCAGCCAGGAUACUGAGAGGCAUUACUUGAGAGACUCAAAGGGAGUUCUUCAGAUAUCCGCAAGCAGAGGAUGCACCAGGGUGGAUUUCUCAACGAUGCUACAAACUGAUGUGCCAACAGGAAGGCAAAGACGAAUCCAAAGAUCCUGUAGUACAAACACAAAUCCAGGGUGUAGUUGUUUUACCUCUCCGCCAGUGUUCUGGGAAACGGCAGAUCCCACACUUCCUUACCAGGUCUUCCCUCUGAACAAAGACACACCGGAGUAUAAAACAGUGGCAGACUAUGUGGAGAAUGACGGGUUGCUGAAGAGACAUAUUCAAUCAAUCUGUAGAAUUCAGAACUCGGAUCUCUGGGAAUUCUACUGUAGGAAGAAGAUACAAUUGGCUCGAAUUCAAGGAGCUGCAGACGUUAAGGAAAAAAGAUUGUUUCAUGGAACCAGUGUCGACAACAUACACACAAUUUGCACUUACAACUUUGACUGCAGGUUAGCUGGAACCACUGCUCAUGUUUACGGCAAAGGAACAUACUUUGCAAAAUAUGCAUCGUACGCUAAUAAGUACAGCCCGUGGAACCUGAAGCCAUGGACAGUCUUUGGUCGUGCACCCCAAGACUUCUUGUGUGAGCGGACCAAAGUAAUUUUCCUAGCUCGAGUUAUCGUGGGGAAGAUGACUACUGGAAAACAACAUUACUCCAAGCCAGAUCACAAAAGUGCAACAAACUACCAUGAAAGCUGUGUAGACGACAUACAAAAUCCCCAAAUCUUUGUUAUCUUUGACUCCAAUCAGAUAUACCCAGAGUACUUGAUUCAGUACUACUAGUAGGAAUACUUGACUUUGGUGCGGCAUAAGAGAAAUUCGGUGUCUUCAUCCAUAUUUGUUGCACUGAAUCCGAAAACAGAAAAACUCAAAUUUAAUUUAAUACAAUUGUCCAGCAGAGGUCCCUAUGAACCUGCAGAAGAAAGAUGGACGGCAACUUCACGAAAACAAACCUGCAGGCAAUGUUUUCAAGAAUCUUCUCAUAUUAAUACAACCUGAAACAAAUCAGAAUCUCUCUACAGUACCACACAUACAGAUUUGGAGAAACUGACUAUUUUGAUUUGACUGUUUGACUUGACUAGCAGCCUUUUGUGUUUCACGGUCUAUCAGAUUUGUCUACCUGUAAACAACAUGUAUUAUUUCUUGAAGAUUUUAUAUGCAAUAUCCUACUCGAUUGGGAUCUUGCUUUCAUACAAGUGCUAUUAGUAAAAAAUACGAUUUUUUUACAUUUUUAUAUAUAAUUGAUUUGACUCUACACAAAACAGUUCCGCAACUCCACUGGACUGUUGCCAAGCAACACACUUUUUCCAUUAUAAAAGCGACAAGUGAUGUUGGCUUCUUGAAUAGAUAACAGUAGUUAAAGAUCCUGUAAAGCAAAUUCCAUUAUUUGCUUCUCAGUACAUUAUAUACGUAUAUUGAGUUCCUGAAAGCAUGUGCAAAGCGCAAAAACUUUGUCGCACUGAAAUGUGGAGUUAGACCGUAGAACAGUUUUGUUUCCGUUUUCAGAUCAGGUUUUAAUGGAAAGAGCCAAAAAAUGACGAUCUAUGUCACUUUGACCUAUCUACGUCAGAUCACAGACGGUGGCACUUGAACUUGAACAUAGGCUAUAGCAAAGAGUAGGCCUAUUGAAGUUCUUUGGCUAUAGGGCAGUUGUAGCCUACAGAACCCAGUGUGAACUCUGUAUGUCCUGAAUAUUGUUAGCUCCGUUCUACCUGCUCACACGGUUGCCCAGCAGAGAGGAAGUCUUUCAUCUCUUCAGGCCUCUGUAACUUCCUUCCCUAGUUUACGUUCGCCACUUGGGCGCUGCAGUCGCAGGUGUCGCUCCUGCUGUCUGAACUUACGGCUGGCGGAUAUGGAACACCAAAAUACAGAUGGCGCCAUUAUGUGUGGGAAACGUUCAUAUUGUUAAUAAAUGCAGGUUAUGGAUUUAUAUUUAUUUAUUAGGCCUUAGGGGAGUCAUUUGGCUGAGUGGUUAGGGACUCUGGCUAUAAAUCAGAAGUUUGCCGGUUCGAUUCCCAGCCACGCGAAAUGACGUUGUGUCUUUGGCAAAGGCACUUCACCCUACCUGCCUCGGGGGAAUGUCCCUGUUUACUGUAAGUCGCUCUGGAUAAGAGCAUCUGCUAAAUGACUAAAUGUAAAUUAAGCCUAUCUAUAGAGACUGAAUGAGAGAGGCAUGUUGUAGCUACUGAAGCAAACAUGUUAUUAUUUAAGAUGGUUCUUUCACUAACUGGUGAAGAAAUAAAUAUAAAUGUAGGCCUACAUGUAGCCUAUUUAUACUUUACCCUCGCCUAUUAAAAGCUGAAAGAGUGUGUUUGUGUGUAUUUGUUGGGUGGGUUGUGUUUGAAAGACAUAUUACACUGUUAGUUUCAGUGUUCGUGUUUAUGUUUGGUAUUUUGACUUAAAGGCCUAUACUUAAGGAAUUAAGGCCUACUAUUAUGUGUACUGUUUUGGCCUAUCAAAGUAACGAAUAUAUCCAAAGGCAAAACUGUAACCCUAGGCUAUAGUAGGUCUAUGUUCCAUGUUAUUGCCACAGAACGCUUUUAAACAGCUUUUUGAAUUCUUAUAUCCUUUAUCCUUUUGAACCAUCAAUCUGAAUCUUGGCAGUAGUUGUACCCACAUUAGUAUUCCUCAGGGUGGUGAAAAUAAUGAACCGAAUCAGCUACAUUGUUAACCUCAAUUGAAGUAGGCCUAAUGAGUAAUGUGCUAUGUAUGAAAUUGCUAAAAACUGCAUCAUUAAGAAACGAGUGCUAUGAGAACUAUUUAACGCUUACCGCAGGCAAAUCCUAAUCCUAUGCACCAGGUUUGAAACUAUUAGCACUAAACUGCCACCCUCUACUCUACCUAGUGCAUCCUGUGUUUUCUGAUCCCAGCUGUGUGUGGGUGUGACAGAGACUGCAGGAUUUUUCAAACCCUGUUAGAUAUUUACCGCCUGCAGAGCUCAAAGUCAGAAGUCCUGUUUGAUCUCGUUGAGAUCAGUCGGUGGAGCCCUAUUGAUGAUUUGGGCAUGCCAAAAAAUAUAAAAUAAAUAAAUAAGUCAAGGUCGACAGUCAGAAAGCAUCAAAUUAACUAUCAGAGUUUGCGUGUGUGUGCGUCCAUUAGGGCCUAUCUCUUAUUAAAUAAUCAGCUCAACUUUCACUAUGUUCUGUUUGAAAGAUCAGAUUUCCAUGGAAAUUACCAUUUAGAGAAAAGAUGCAGGAUUGUUGUGUUCCCCUACCUUGUCAGAAAACACGCAUUGGUUUGAGAACGUGUGUUUAUUUACCAAAAUCUGAAUCGGCAUUCUAUUUCACACAACACACGAAAGAGCCUACAUAUUCGUAAUAAUUUAACAAAAACAUCUGUUAGGCCUAUAUCUCCGUUUCUCUUGUCAUUUCUACAAAAAGCAAGCUGUUCACAAUAACAAUCACCUGAUUUCCCUGAGCAGAGGAGGAAAUAACCAUGGCCUUAUGACACUAUGUUGGUCUGUUGGUCUGUCUGUCUGUCUGUGUUUGUGUGUGUGUGUGGGGGGGGGAACUGUCAGAGCCCUAGGCCCUAGGGCCUAAUAUAUUCUAAAAAUAUGUAUUUUAA